AUGAUGGGUGUAAGUGGUUGUAUGAGUGUUAGGCAAGCGAGGGGGGCCUGCCAUUGCCCGGCGUGUCCUAGGGCUUCAGGGCACGGGGCACCGAUGCCGCCUCAGACCCUGGUCUUACCGCCGAUGGCUUUGGAACCGGAGACGACGCCGGUAAAGGAUAAGAAAGGAUCCAAAAUGAAGGUUUUGAAGAAAAUUAAGAAAAAGAUGGGACUUGCACCCCGAACCUCAUGCACUGGUGGCGCGCCCAACAAUCUACCGCCCCUCAGCUUCCACGCGGUACACGGAGAGAACGUAAGGAUCUCACGAGAUGGCACCACAGCGCGCCGCGUUGAAUCGUUCUGCAAGGGAGUCGCGUUCAGCGCUAGGCCAGUUAGGGUUAAUGAAAAAGUGUGCGUACGUUUCGUCGAAAUCUCCAACAGCUGGAGUGGAGUCAUUCGUUUCGGAUUCACCACCCACGACCCCACGACAUUAGCUCACGCGUUACCCAAAUACGCUUGUCCAGAUCUCACCAACAAACCCGGCAACUGGGCCAAGGCGUUGGGGGAACGAUUCUGCGAGAAGGAUAAUAUACUAUAUUACUACGUUAAUUCAGCGGGAGACGUUCAUUUCGGAAUAAACGGGGAAGAUAAGGGACUUUUCUUCUCUGGAGUGGACACAAGGAGUCCUCUGUGGGCUUUAAUAGACGUAUAUGGUAACUGUACGGCUGUCCAAUUCGCAGAUCCAAGAGCACCGAAUCAAAUGAGGAGGUCCACGCAAAGCCCAUUAGUGGAAGAUGACAGACUCAUAGGUGGGAUGCGAUCUCUAAGCGUAGAAGAAGCGUUGCCUCCACCCAGAUACCAAAACCCAUUAGCGCCACUCAGCUUACACCGGACUAAAGGAAGGAACGUCCACUUCGUGAACGAUAGGGGUGUAGCGGCCAGAAUAGAAGCGGAAUUCUGUCAGGGAUACGUGUUCACAGCGCGCCCGAUGCGUCCCGGACAGACGAUCGUGGUCCAGAUCUUAGCGACCGAGUCCGCAUAUGCUGGGAGUUUAGCCAUAGGUCUGACGUCAUGCGAUCCAGCUACCCUAAGACCCUGCGACUUGCCGGACGAUGCUGAACAGUUACUAGACCGUCCUGAAUACUGGGUUGUUAGAAGAGAUGCUGCCAACGGCCUGCGAAGAGGAGAUGAGUUGGCAGUAACACUAACUGUUGACGGUGAAGUGCGCGUGAGCAGGAAUGGGUCCAAUCCUGUUACUGUUAUGCACGUAGACCACACACUGAGGCUUUGGGCCUUCGUGGAUAUAUAUGGGGCGACUCAGAAAGUCAGAAUGCUAAGCUCCCAGAUCCUCCCAGCUCAAACUCCCCCUCAACAAUUGCGGGUGUUGGCGGGAUCGGCAUCUCCAAUUGCGACAGGCGCAGGCGGUACUGUGCUCGUCGUCAGUCUUCCCCCACAAACAAAUGGACAGAAUUUGUCGAACCAUCAACAGGGAUUGACUUUAGCCAGCGCACAUUAUAUUGAGCCGAUUCAAGCAUCAUCACAGCUAUGCCUGGCCGGAUUCCAGCCGAUGCCACCACAAACCGCCUCAUGUAGUUCUCAACCGCAGUCCUACCAGCAGCAGAGGCCUAGGCAAGACAUCCAAUGCUCUUCCACAAGCCAGAACAACUCCAACGAGCAAGUUCAAAUCCCCAAUGGGCACGGGGAACCUAUAAGACUCGAAAGGAUACCCAAUGGGCCAUCAACCAGCCGCCAAAUGCCUUCUUCGUCUCAUCACCAGCCAAUCUAUUCGGUUAUCGGGGAAGGAAAUCUCACUGGAGAAUGCACAAUUUGCUAUGAAAACCCGGUAGACAGUGUAUUGUAUAUGUGUGGACACAUGUGCAUGUGCUACAGAUGCGCCGUGCAACAGUGGAGGGGUAAGGGUGGGGGUCAGUGCCCGCUGUGCAGGGCCCAAAUAAAGGACGUUAUCCGCACGUACAAAUCCUGA